AUGCCUCUAAGAGUGUUAUUGCCAUCUUUAUAUAAGAGUAUACGCGAAAAAUGGAUUCCAUGGAAUCUUUUUGAUUCACGAACGACAGAUCCAUUAAUAAUUCGUCGUGAGAUCUUAUCAACUCGUCUAUAUAUUAUUCUUGUUCUUGUUUCUCUUAUUAUUUUAACAACAUACGCUUCCCUUAGUCAACAAAAUGAGACUAAAACUGUAUUAUUUCCAAGUGAAUCUGUUUAUAAAAAUCUAUUAAAAACAUAUACUAAUAAUUUACAAUGUACAUGUACAAAAGUUUUAAUUCCUUAUGAAAAAUUUGUUAAAACAAAUCCAUCAUUUCAUCAAGUGUGUUCAAGUGAUUUUAUUUCUCAAAAAUGGAUUGAUUUUAUAUUUAAAGCAGAUUCAACAUUAAUUUGGCCAAUAGAUGUUCGAACAAGUUUAAGUUCAAUGUGGCAAUUAAUUCGAACAUUUUGUCAAAAUGCAAAAACUACAGUUUUAAAUGCAUUUAAACAAUUUAAUAAUUCUCGUUUAAUUACUUCAAUAUUAUUAAAUGAAGAAUUAUUAGAAACAAAAGUUUCAACUACUUUGAAUUUCUUAUAUCGAACAAUAUCAUCAAAUUUGAUACAAUCGAGAAAAAUUAUUGAAAGAAUAACUCAAGCAAAUGAAUUAAUGACAGGAUUAUUAACAAAUUAUAUUGUUGUAACAGAUAAAUUUCGUUUGUCACAAUUACCCAAUGAUGCUUUUGUUUCAUCUACAGUAAAUAUAUCUGCUUAUAUUGGAAUCUUUGCAAAUAAAUAUAUAUCAAAAAAUUCGACAAAAAUCUGUUCUUGUAAAAAUAAUGGUUCAUGUCCUUUACCUGGUAAUAUUUAUUUAUAUCAUAUUUCGGAAAAAUUUGCAAUUUAUGAUAUGAAUAAAAUUGAAAUAAAUGAAAGUUUAUCUGGUAUAAUAAUUGAUUGUUUACCAAUUCAAAUGACAUUAUCAUCAACAUUAGAAUGUUUUUAUAAUGAAAUAUGUUUAAAUAUUCUUCUUUCAUCUUAUUCAAAUAAAAUGAAUAUUUCAAUUUUAAAUCAAUCAUUAUUAACUCGUUUUAAUCCAAAAACAAAAAUUGAAUUACUUAUAAAUCAACUUUUUAUUGAAAAUAUAUUUAAUCAAACAAAUUAUAGUGAAUAUUAUUUGCAAUGCUUACCAAAUAUUUGUCAUUAUAAUUAUUUAAAUCGUUUUAAUGUGAUUUAUAUCUUAACUAUAUUUAUUAGUCUUUUUGGAGGAAUAUCAACAAUAUUACGUGCCAUUUCUCCAUUAAUUAUUCAAUUAUUUUUCUUUUUAAAAAAACGAUUUUGUUCAAAACAAAUACAAGAAAUACAAAAUCAAUCUGAAAAUAAAAUUCGUUUAUUAAAAUUAUUUCGAGAAAUAGAAACAAAAAUAAUUAAUUUUAAUUUAUAUACAAAAUAUUCACAUAAUCCUAUUCGUAUUUAUCAUAGUAUUUUAUCAACACGUUUAUAUAUUAUUUCAAUGUUUAUUUCAUUAUGUAUUAUUAUUUUAUCAUCAAAUUUCGUAAAUCAAACAAUACAUGAAACAAUAUUAAAUCCAUCUCGAGAGGAAUAUGAAAAAUUAGAAAUACAAUAUUCAUCAACUUUACAAUGUCCAUGCACACAAAUAUCAAUACCAUAUGGAGAUUUUCUAAAUGUUCAAGUUAAAUAUCAUCAAAUAUGUUCAAGUGAUUUUAUUCAAUCAUGGUGGUAUCAAAGUUUUCUUCCAAGAAAUAGUUCUGAUGUAAUACGAAAUUUUUUAUCAAUAGCUUCAUCACAUUUUCAAGCAUUAUCAACAUUUUGUGAUAUUGUAAACAUAACAAUAAAUGAUGCGAUUGAAAAAUUUUUAACAAGAAAUUUUAUUAAUUCUCAACUUUUAUCAAAUGAUUCAUUUAUUUUACAAGUUAAUUCAUUAAAUAAUACAUUUGCAACAUUAACACGAACUGAAUUUCUUUAUAGAAUAUCUUUAACUAAUCUAUUACUUCAUAGUAAUCAAUAUUUAAGUAAUAUACAAAUGAAUACUUAUCUUAAUUUACGAUUAACUUCAAAUUCCUAUCGUGAACCAAUGUAUAUAAGUAUUGACGUAAAUCCUCGAUUUGGUUUAAAUGAAAAUGAUACUGAAUGUGAUUGUAUUCUUGAUUCAACAUGUAGUUUUGAUUAUAAAAUAAGUCAAAAUGGACAAAGAUUACCUAUUGAUUGGCAACUUGAAGGAAUACACGGUGGUUGUUAUAUUAUUAAUUCUGUAUUAAAGUCAUCAAUGAUAUGUUGGUUUAAAGAUACUUGUUUAAAUCAAUUACGAAAGAUUUUUUAUGAAAUUGGUGUUGUAAUACCUUCGUCUAUAACUCCACUUAAUUCAACAUUACCUAGUCGAUAUUCUCCAUCGACAUUAAUUGAAACAAUUUUUAAUGAAAUGAUGAUUGAAGAAUGGAAUUUUUCUUAUUCAUUUGAUAAAUUUUAUCAUAAAUGUAAACCAUCAUUUUGUUCAUUUACAUAUGAAAAAGAAAUAAAUAUUAUUUAUAUUAUCACCAUUAUUGUUAGUCUUAUGGGUGGAAUUAAUACUAUUCUCAAAUUUAUUUCUCCAGUCAUCAUUAAGAUUAGUUUCAAAUUUAUUUCUCUAUUAACACAUAUAAGAUCAUCACGAUUUUCAUUUAUACAACAAACAAAUCAUCAAAAUGGUGGAAUUUCUAAUAUUAUUAUAAAUUUAAUUAAUCGAUUAAAAGAUGCAUUAUUAAUGUUAAAUUUAUUUGAUAGUGAAUCAAAUGAUGUUGAUACAAAUUAUCGUGAACGAAUAUCAACAAGAAUUUAUUUAACAUUUUUUUUAAUAUCAAUUUUUAUUAUAAUCUUUUAUACAAUUUCUUUAAACAUAAUUGUAUAUAAAUCUCUUUCAAAUCCUUCUGAAAAUGAAUAUAAGAAUUUAUUAAUGAUUUAUUCUGAAUCACUUUAUUGUCCUUGUAAAAAUAUCUCAAUUGAAUAUAAAUAUUUUCUUCAAAUAGAAACAAAAUUUCAUUCAAUAUGUUCAAGUGAUUUUAUUAGCAAAAAAUGGCUGAAGUAUUUAUUUCUUGAUAAACAUUGGAUUGGUUAUGAUCGACGGGAUAUUCGUGUACGUGGUUCUGCCUAUUUUUCAUUUCUUUUAUCUUUAUGUAAAAUAUCUGAAACAACAAUAGAUAAUUCUAUUAAUCAAUUUCUUAAUGAUGUAUUUAUUAAUACUCAAUUAAUAACAGAAUCUCAACUUGAAAUUCAAAUUAAUUCGAUUAUUUUACAAUUUCGAAAUGUUACUUUAGAAAAAUUCUCAGAAAGUUUUAAACUUUUACGUGAUAUAAUGAAUGGAAAUGCUUUUAUAUCAUCUUAUUAUUUAAAUUGGUAUUGGUGGAAAGAUAUAAAACAUACUUUUGUUACAUUUCCUAUUAAAUCAGUUGUAAUGAAAGAUGAAUGUUCAUGUGCAACACGAAGUGAUUGUAUUGAUUCAGGUGGAAUUUAUCGGGAUUCUAGUAAGAAACAAAGAUUUGUAAUGCCUGGAUGGAAUAUUGGAUGUUCAGUUGUAGAAACAUUAUUAAGUUCAACAUUAGAAUGUUUAUAUAAUCAAAAAUGUGUUGAUUUAUUAGUAUUUUAUUUAACAAGUGAAUUGUCAAUAUUUCCUUAUCGAAUAAAUAUGUCUGCUAUGAAUUUUUCAAAUGAAAGUCAUUUUAAACCAGAUAUAUAUAUUCAAAAUAUAUCAGAUGAAUUAUUUGUUGAAGAAUGGAAGCAUAAGACAUCUUAUUCAUCAUUUUAUCAUCAAUGUGCUCCAAUUUAUUGUUCUUAUAAAACUAAAAAAGAUGAUUAUAUUAUUUAUACAAUAUCAAAAGUUUUAGGUUUAUGUGGAGGAUUAACAAUUGCUUUACGAUUUACAAUUCCACUUAUAAUUAAAAUAAUAUUUCAAAUUCGAAAGAAAUGUCGAAGAAAUACAAUUCAACCUAAUGAAUAA